AUGAAUCAAAUUGGUACAUUGCAACGUCCUGGAGAUACUAGAUGGAGUUCACAUUUUAAAUCAAUUUGCAGUUUACUAAGAAUGUUCAAUGCGACACGUACAGUACUUGAGAAAAUAGCCAUUGAUCGUCGAGCCACAUAUUCACAACGAGGGGAUGCUAAUUAUGCUCUUAAAAAAUUAUUAGCAUUUGAUUUUGUAUUCAUUUUGCAUAUGAUGCAAGAACUCAUGGCGUUCACAGAUUUACUUUGUCGAGCCUUACAACAAAAAUCACAAGAUAUUUUGCAUGCUAUGGAUUUACUUGUUGAUACAAAAUCCUCAAUUCAAGAUCUCAGAGAUGAAGAUAUGCAAGCUAGUUAUUCUGAUUUAAUACGAUCUCGACGUAACAAAGAUAACAUAUCAGUGGAGCAUCAUUAUAAAAUUGAUGUGUUUACAACUACUAUGGAUCAGCAAUUGCAGGAACUAAAUAGUCGUUUCAGUGAGAAAACAACAGAGCUUCUUGUCUUAAGUGCAUCUUUGAAUCCUAACAAGGGAUAUAAGAACUUCAAUGUGGAUAACAUUUGCCGUCUUGCAGAAAAGUACUAUCCAUGUAGACUUUUCUAA